AUGAUAUCGGUUCAUAUUCUUAUAUAUUUCUUCUCAUCUAUAUCUAUUGUUAUAGGUAUCAAUCCACUAGCCCACAAAGAUUUUUUUGAUGUACGUCAGCUUUACAGUAUCAAAUCGUUAUUCGACGCCGGCGUACAUUUAGGCCAUAAAACUGGAGUUUGGAAUCCAUUAAUGAAGCAAUACAUCUACGGUGAUAGACAUGGCAAUCAUAUUAUCGACUUAAACGAGACUGAUCGUCAUCUUUUUCUGGCCUUAAAUGUAACAAGUCAUAUUGCAUAUCGCAAAGGUGUGAUAUUAUUCGUUUGUUGUCGUCCUCAGUUUCAACACCUUGUACAAAAGACAGCACGAGAAUGUCAAGAGUUUUUCGUUAUACAAAGAUGGCGAGGUGGUAUUCUGACGAACGCUCAUAAACUACUACCAGUACCUCGUUUACCUGAUUUAAUAAUCUUUUUAAGUGUCCCAUACAACAUGGAUGCAAUAAGAGAAUCUGCACAGGCUAAUAUACCAAGUAUUGGAAUUGUCGAUACUGAUUGUAAUCCUAAUCUUAUCACCUAUCCGAUUGCUGGUAAUGAUGAUAGCUUAUCUUCCUUGGAAUUAUAUUGCCGCUUAUUUAGCACUGCUAUCUUAAAUGCAAAAGUACAGAGACAAAAUGAUGACAACUACACUAUCGAUAAAUCAAAUGAUGGAGAAACACCAAGAGACAACUCUCGAGCGGAAAUGGCCUCAUAA